AUGACCCAGAGCUGAAACGUCAGCUAGGGGAUAAAGGCAAUGUGUUCAUUGGUCUGUUCAGAGACACUUGGAGCUGGUCGGAUGGGAGCAGUUUCUCUUUCAGACGCUGGAAUAAUCUGGCCGACAUUACGAUGAAAGAGGACAGAUGUGCCGUGAUGAAGAAGGACGGGGAGUGGGAAACUGACGAUUGCAGUAAAGACAAACCCUUUUUCUGUUACGAUGAUAAGAUGAUCUUGGUCAAACAAAAUCUGACCUGGGAGGAUGCCUUUUACUACUGUAGAGAAAACCACCGUGACCUGGUCUCCAUCACCGACCUCAAUGACCAGAGAUGGGUCCAAGAGAGAGUCAAGAACGCCACCACUGAAUUUGUCUGGACGGGGCUGCGCUACACCUGCACUCUGGAUUUCUGGUUCUGGGUCGGUGGUGAGGUGGUCACGUACCACAACGUGGACUCGGGUGAGAAGGGGGACCACUGUGACAUGUCUGGAGCCAUGGAGAGAGCUGGAAAACACAAGUGGUUCAAAAUAAAUGACAUGCAGGAGUUUAACUUCCUCUGUUCUGAGUGGUAAACCCACUGUGACCACUGCUGACAUUCAUUUAUUAGUUCUGAUCUUCAGUUGCCUUUUGGGUUUUUCUUGUGUUACUAAAACAUUUAAGACAUUUUUGUGGAAGAAGAUUUAAUUAGUUACAACUUUUCCAGGGUGUUGGGAUCACAUGUUAUGUAAAGUUUUGCUUUCAACUCAUGUCUCCUCUUAAACCAGUGAAGUUCCUGAAAAACAUAGUGGAGAUUAGGCAUGGGGCGAUAUACGAUAUUAUCGUAUAUCGCGAUAAAAAACGGCCGCGAUAACGUUAUCGUGGGGUACUGUAAUUAUCGCCAAAAAUUUAUUUUUUUAUUUAUUUAUUUUAUUUAUUUUUUUAUUUUUU